CAAUCAAAUCUCAGAGGUGGUUAAUCGUUUUCGUGGUCGAAUAACCCGAAUUUUUUAUUCUGCUGAAGCAAUGGUCAGAAAUCACCCACAUCAUUUCACUCAUCUGUCCAAAUCAAUCAAUCAUUCACUUAGCUACGCCAAUUUUAACUGGCAUUAGAACACUGUUAAUGAACGAAAACACCAUUCCUCCGCUCACUUGCACAUCAUCCCCUUUCUAGGAUUCUAUCUCUCUACCUCUUUAUGUGAAAACUUUCUGUUUGGUACUCGUAGACCCACUCACCUUCUAAUUUCUAUUUUAGUUAAAAAAACCUCACGUUUCUUUUCGUUGUCCUGGUAUGGGGUUUCCACCAUUCACAUGAUACAAACUUCAAAUUGUUGUACUGUGAUACAAGACAAACUCAAAACUGGAAACUGAUUUCGACUUUCGAACCAUUCUUGUUGAAGCUACAACCCUCAAUCUUUAAUGCAAACUGCAAGUGGUUAUACUUCUAGCUAAUUCCGAUACACGAAACCGAAUUUGAAUCUGAUUCGGAGCCAUGUUUGUAGAAGCUACACCAUCAAUUGUGAAUUUGUCACCAUGUUUUGCUUUGAAAUCUGGUUACAAGAAUCAAUUCUCUCGAGUUUCAGUUAAGUGCACACAAACAGCAGCAGAUUCAUCUCUUGUGGAGUCUACAGAUUCAGUUAAAGUAAAUGGAGUUUCUUUAAAUCAGAGAGUUGGGUCUCUGAAUGAUGUUGAAAGGAGGGAGUUUCUUGGUUCAAAUGCUAUUAUAGAUGACAAGAGUCGAUGGAAAGAAGAAAAGCUUGAACCUUUGUGGGAUGAUGGAUAUGGAACUCAGAGUGUGAAAGAUUACCUUGAUUUAGCCAAAGACUUCAUUAAACCCGAUGGUGGACCUCCCAGAUGGUUUUGCCCUGUUGUUGCAGAUGGGAAUGAAACUCCUUUACCCAAUUCACCUGUUCUUCUGUUUUUACCAGGGAUGGAUGGGCUUGGUUUAGGUCUCAUUUUGCACCACAAAUCUCUUAAAAAGGUGUUUGAAGUUCGAUGCUUACACAUCCCAGUUCAAGAUCGAACGCCAUUUGAAGAUUUGGUGACAUUUGUGGAGGAAACCUUGAAGUUUGAGCAUGCUUUAUUUCCAAAUAGGCCGAUAUAUCUUGUUGGAGAUUCUUUUGGAGGCUGUUUAGCUCUUGCAGUUGCUGCACGUAAUCCAGCUAUAGAUCUUGUAGUUAUACUCUCAAAUCCAGCAACUUCAUUUGACAGGUCACAACUGCAGCCUUUGUUUCCUGCUUUAGAGGUCAUGCCUGAUACACUUCAUGUCACAAUCCCUUAUCUUCUUAGCUUUGUUAUGGGUGAUCCUUUAAAGAUGGCAAUGGUGACUGCUGAAACCUCACUUACUCCAAAUGUUGGGAAAGUAGCUGACAAUCUUACUGCUUUGCUUCCUCGCCUUUCGGGGUUGUCUGAUAUUAUUCCAAGAUCAACACUUUUAUGGAAGCUGAAAUUACUGAAAUCUGCUGCUGCAUACACUAAUUCUCGGCUUCAUGCUGUUAAAGCUGAAGUUCUAGUUCUUGCAAGUGGAAAAGAUAACAUGCUUCCAAGUAGCAAUGAAGCUCAAAGGCUUUCAAAAACGUUGCAAAACUGCAAGAUAUGUUACUUUAAGGACAAUGGCCACACUCUUUUACUGGAAGAUGGUAUGAAUUUGUUAACAAUAAUCAAAGGAAGAUUAAAAUACCGAAGAACAUGGAAACAUGACUUUGUAAAAGACUUCAUACCCCCUAGCAUGUUAGAGUACAAAAGUGCCCUUGGAGGAAACGGGUGGUUUCAAAUUGCUACAAGUCCAGUGAUGUUUUCAACUUUAGAAGAUGGAAGAAUAGUGAGGGGACUUAGUGGGAUUCCAGAUGAAGGUCCUGUUUUGUUAGUUGGUUAUCAUAUGCUGAUGGGAUUAGAACUUGCUCCAAUUAUUUUAGAGUUUUUAAGGGAAAAAAAAGUUAUGGUUCGUGGUGUGGCCCACCCUGAGCUUUUUAAAAUGAAUUCUACAAAUGAGCUUCCGGAAUUUUCUUAUGUUGAUUUGAUGAAAGUUUUUGGUGCUUUACCUGUUACUCCAACCAAUCUCUUCAAAUUGUUUUCCUCAAAAUCAUUUGCAUUGCUCUACCCUGGUGGUGCACGUGAGGCUCUUCAUCGUAAGGGUGAGGAAUACAAGUUGUUUUGGCCUGAUGAACCCGAAUUUGUAAGAAUGGCAGCAAAGUUCGGGGCUACAAUCAUACCAUUUGGAAGUGUUGGAGAAGAUGACAUCACUGAGUUGGUUCUUGACUAUGAUGACAUGAUGAAAAUCCCUAUCCUAAACAAUUACAUAAAAAAAUCAAACGAAGAGGCUAUCAAUGUAAGGGCUGAAAUGGAUGGAGAAGUUGGUAAUCAGGACUUAUUCCUUCCAGGCCUUGUACCAAAGGUACCUGGUCGCUUCUACUAUUUAUUUGGGAAGCCAAUACAAACAAAGGGAAAAGAAAAGAUGUUGAAAGAUAGAGAAAAUGCAAAAGAGUUGUAUAUGGAGAUAAAGUCUGAAGUGGAAAAGAGUAUGGCUUAUUUGAUUAAGAAGAGAGAGGAGGAUCCUUAUCGUGGGAUUGUUAAUAGACUUGUAAAUCAACCGAUUUUAACCCCCGUGCAUCAAGUUCCCACAUUUGAGCCUUGAAAAUGUAUAUAUAUAUUUUAAUUAUUAAGUUAAUGAUAUACCAUCUUCCAUAUACAUGAGUUAUGUGUACAUAUUGACAUGAUUUUUAGUAUUAUGUAAUCUUGUAUACAAGUAUGUGUUAUUAUUUUC